AUGGGAGACAACAAGUUUAAGGCAGCUAUCCUCGUCGUCUCAGACACUGCUGCCCAUGACCCUUCCACUGACAGAGUAGGCGGCGUCUUGACAGAGCUCUUCAGCCAGCACAGUGACAGGUGGGAGAAGCCCACUAUCGCCAUCGUUCCGGACAGCGUGCUUGAAAUUCAGCGGCAUAUCUCUCGCUGGUCCGAUGGAAAUGAUCACUUCAAUCUCAUCAUCACCUCUGGCGGGACGGGGUUCGCUGUUAAGGAUCAUACGCCUGAGGCUGUUUUGCCUUUAAUUCAUCGACAUGCUUCUGGGCUUGUGCAUGCAAUACUAUCUACUUCAUUGGAGAUCACACCGUUUGCUAUGAUGUCAAGGCCCGUAGCAGGAGUACGACACAAGUCAAUUAUCAUCACGGUUCCCGGAUCCCCCAAAGGCGCCAAAGAAUGCGUUGAAGCAGUGAUCAAACUACUGCCCCAUGCAUGUGCCCAGGCAGAAGGCGCUGAUUCAAGGUCUCUACAUGCCGGCGGCAUUCAGAAGCUAGAGAAAGAAGCGGGGAUAGCUAGCCAAACAACUGUAUCUUCAAAGCAGGAUGGAGGACAUCACCACUGUCACCAUGGACAUGGACAUGGACACGUUAUACCCAAAGCCCAUACGACUGCAGCGGAUAGACCGAGCUCUAAUGAUCCAGCUACCGGUCCAACCAGACGAUACCGUACCUCUCCAUACCCCAUGAUCUCCGUGGAAGACGCUCUCAAUCUGAUAUCAGAGCAUACUCCCGAUCCUACCAUUAUUGAGGUGCCCGUAGACAUCUCGCUUGUUGGCUCAGUUAUAGCCGAGGAUGUCUUUGCGGCAGAAGCUGUUCCAGCCUAUCGAGCAAGCAUCGUCGAUGGGUACGCCGUUAUUGCCCCUGCUUCUUCAGGGGAAGACGUCAGCACAAAGGGCCAGUUCCCAGUAGCUUCGGUGUCCCAUGCCCAAGCAGCUUCCAUGCCUCCACCACUCACGCCUGGAAACAUUGCUCGUAUCACUACUGGAGCACCGCUUCCAGAUAACGCCAAUGCAGUCGUCAUGGUAGAAGACACGGUGCUGGUAUCAACUACCCCCGACGGCAAGGAAGAGGCUGUUGUCGAGAUUCUGACUGCAGAUAUCAAGAUUGGAGAGAACAUUCGUGAGCCAGGCAGCGAUGUCAAGCUUGGGUCAAGAAUCCUACAAAAGGGAGACCUCAUCACCGACGUAGGAGGUGAGAUCGGCCUACUCGCUUCCACCGGUACCAAGACAGUGAAGGUGUACAAGAAGCCAUGCAUUGGUGUUCUUAGCACCGGAGACGAACUGGUUGAACAUUUCGACGCCAUCAAACUUACAGGCGGCCAAAUCAGAGAUUCAAAUCGUCCUUCUCUAAUCUCAUGCUUGAAGUCUUGGGGGUUCCCAACCGUUGACCUGGGUAUCGCAAAGGAUACAUCCGGACACCUGGAAGAACUCCUUCGAGACGCCUUACGUGGCUCAUCAUCAUCAAACCCUUCCGGCGUAGACGUGAUCAUAACCACAGGCGGCGUUUCAAUGGGCGAACUGGACUUGCUGAAACCUACUAUCGAACGACAGCUCGGAGGCACCAUACACUUCGGACGAGUGUCAAUGAAGCCAGGUAAACCAACUACUUUUGCAACCAUACCGUUCAAGCCUAGCUCUCCUGAUUCGAACCGGAGGGAGACGAGGGUUAUAUUCUCUCUUCCGGGCAACCCUGCUUCGGCAUUAGUUACGCUUAAUCUAUUCGUGCUGCCCUCGUUGCAUAAGACCAUGGGGUUGGCACAGAGAGGACUUCCAGUGGUUAAGGCUUCUCUGACUCACUCGAUCCCCAAAGAUCCCAAGCGUACAGAGUACCACCGUGCUAUUGUGGGCUCGUCCAGCGAAGACGGCCGGCUACUUGCCACAAGCACCGGUGUUACUGGCGUAGGCCAGCGAAGCUCAAGGGUUGGAAGCAUGGCGAAGGCUAAUGCAUUGCUGGUUCUUGAGCCUGGCUCUGGCUCUAUUGAAAAGGGGCAGUUAGUUGAAGCUCUGAUGAUGGGUCCGUUGGUUUGA